CUAGUAUCAAGGUUUAGUUAUCAGUGCUCAUUCCAGGCUUUAGUGAUCCAUCCCAAGUGAUUCUUCAAAGCAAAAAUGAAUCGAGUAAUCUUCGGAAUUGCUGCGGGAGUGUCUGCCUUAACGGUUUUCCAUUGGUAUACGGCCCGAAAGCGCGAAGUUAUUUCUUCUGCUGAAGUUGACAGUUUGAACGGGAGAAGUUCUGUCAAUCCCCAUGUCUUGUCCGUCGACAUCGGUGAAGAAUCUUCGACUUCGGGAAACGUUCCAACUGGAGACCGUGAAAAUGAGGUUGCCCUGCUCAAGAAGGAAAUGUUGAGACUGGAAAAGGAAAGAGACGAAUUCGCUUUGCAAACGCAAAAAUUAUCCGAACAACUUUUGGAAGAGACAUCCCAACGCGAGUAUCUGGAAGCGAAGAGCUCGUACCUUCAGGUGGAAAUCGAUAUUAAAGCACGACUUUUCGAAAAUGAUCUUGAUGAUCUUCGAGCCGCCAAUCGUGAAGCGAUGAUUGCAAUGCAUGAUGAUUUCUCCAAACAAAAUGUGGCAUUGCAGUUGGAUAAUGCUCGUCUCCGUUGCCAAAACGAUUCGGUUUCGAACGAUCUGAUCAACGUUAGAGCUGAACGAGCCCAAGCUCUUUUGGAGAAUGCCACUCUUGCCGAAGAAGUCGGCGAUGUACAAUCCAAGUUGCAAGCAGCACUGAUCAACGUGCAAGACCUGAAAAAGGCAGCUGAUUCCAGCGAGAAGGAGCUAUUGCAAAUCCGUGCUGAACUGGUUACCAGCGCAGCAAGAAUUGCGGAACUAGAAUCAGUGAACCUUUGCCAGAGCAACAAGCUUGCGCAAUUGGAAAUGAUCGUCCAAGAACAGAGCAGAUCGACUCUCGUGACUUCGGAAUCGGAGGAACCUGAUGCUGCUCUCGAGAAUGAAACGUUGCCCGUAUUGCACGCUCGUGAUGAACAGACUGAGGUUGUUGACGAAUCUGCAAAGCCAUCUUCCCAAGAUGACGCGCAGGACGUCGCUACUCCUCCACUCGUGCAAGAGGCUGCUCCACGCCGUGAAAAGGUUGCUCGUGAACCACAAGUUCCCGUGUUUCCAUGUAUGGAUAUCCGCUUUAGGAAUCAAGAUAUUCAAGGAUAUACGAUCGUCAUGGAUUCGUCAGGUGAACUUCAGGAUACCAUCAGCCCAAAUCAACAACUCGCUGAGGAGUUGAAACCUGUGGCAUCACCACCAGCCAAACAGGAGGCACCAUCUAACGUGACGUCUUGUGCCUUUAAGGUCAUCAACGCAGUCGUUGAGCACGAACUAUCUGGAAGCUAUCAGCUGCUGAACAUUGCUUCGCAAUACUACGGCCAGAUUAUCGGCAAGGAAGGAAAACACGUCAAGGCAUUCCAGAAGUCGCAUGGCGUAAAGAUCAUGGUUACGCCUCCAAGAGGGCCUCACGGUCAAAUCCGAGUUACGAUUACACAAGGAAACAACGAAGGGCGCCGCACCGUGGCCAAGCAAAUUGUCGAAUCUCUACCCUCCCUCGUCGAGAUUCCUUUUGCGUCCUUAGGACGGCUUACACCCCAGCGAAAGAAGCAAUUGUGGACCCGCUACUUUGUGGAUAUCGUUGAAGACGAAUCGAGCAAGAAGUGCGUGUUGCGCGGAAAUUUAGGCAACUGUCUGCGCCUUUUCAAGGAGCAGAAAGUCUGA